AUGCGGUGUCCAUUUAUGCGCAAAUCAGUGCGUGAUGAGGAUGUGACAAGAGAAAACAACGUAGACGACUCCGACGAUGAGUUACCUCUCGCCAAGAGGUGCUGUGGCGAACAAGCACCAGGAAACCCAGCGGAGCCCGCCGCAGUCCCGGAGGUAGCAGGCCAGUCCAGCGAGGCGGCAUGCACCGAGAUCUACCCACUGAGUGAUGACCCAGCGGGGACGGUGCAGCCCGGCGAGGCGCGCGCCGAGGCCUGUCCGACCGGAUCCCUGGCUGACCCAGCGGGGACGGUGCAGCCCGGCGAGGCGCGCGCCGAGGCCUGUCCGACCGGACCCCUGGCUGGCCCAGCGGGGACGGUGCAACCCGGCGAGGCGCGCGCCGAGGCCUGUCCGACCGGAUCCCUGGCUGACCCAGCGGGGGCGGUGCAGCCCGGCGAGGCACGCGCCGGGGUCUGUCCGACCGGACCCCUGGCUGACCCAGCGGGGACGGUGCAACCCGGCGAGGCGCGCGCCGAGGCCUGUCCGACCGGACCCCCGGCUGACCCAGCGGGGGCGGUGCAGCCCGGCGAGGCGCGCGCCGAGGAGGCCUUCAGGACCAGGAUGGGGCUGCGCGUGAACAAGCCGCGGGCAGGAGGCAGCGGCAACUCCAACGACGGCAACACCGCCCGCCGCGCCUUCCGCUCGCCGGCCGAGUUCGCGGCCUGCACCGGUGUCGACCAGGAGCUGAUCGACCGGGUCGGCACGGUGCUGCAGGCUGUCAGCUGUCUGCACCGACUGGACAUCGACGCUCUCUCCGCGUACUGCCGCCGCACGGCUGAGCUGUACGUGGAGGCGGGGACGGUGCAGCCCGGCGAGACGCGCGCCGAGGCCUGUCCGACCGGAUCCCUGGCUGACCCAGCGGGGACGGUGCAACCCGGCGAGGCGCGCGCCGAGGCCUGUCCGACCGGACCCCUGGCUGACCCAGCGGGGGCGGUGCAACCCGGCGAGGCGCGCGCCGAGGCCUGUCCGACCGGACCCCUGGCUGACCCAGCGGGGGCGGUGCAGCCCGGCGAGGCGCGCGCCGAGGUCUGUCCGACCGGACCCCUCAUCACAGCCAGCGACUGGUUGAAUAUAAAGCAGGGGACAAUGUUCUAG